UACGAAUAUUUUUAAUAAUUAAUAAUACUCAUUAUAGAUUAUUACAAACUUUUACUAUUAAAAGUAUUAUUACGUACUAAUUAAUGACACAUAAACAAAAUCAUCGAUAGUUUAAAAUUUUAGAGUAUAUUUUCUAUUUAGAAUCAAUGCCAUGUCAUCGUCUGAUGAAAACAAAUAUUGUUUGUGUAAAAAUAAAAAAAAAAAUAAAUGUAAUAACUCAAAACAGCAGCAACCAGCUACUUCAUUUGAGGCUAAUUAUGACUAUAGUACCGCCUCUACUUCUGAUUUUCAAUUUGAACAUCCGUCUAGUCCAGAAGAUGCCAGUUGUAAACAUAUAAGAAACAUGACUUUUUUGAAAAAUUCAUAUAAAAAUGUUCCCGCGCCAUCCGAACAGUUUCUUAUGGGGGUAAAUUGUGCGGUAAUCAAACUAUUGCAAGAAAUCGAAGAUAACCAAAAAUCAUGUGUAAAAACAACAACAAAUAGACAAGCUUCAAAACAACGAAGACAUAAAUCAUAGUUAAAAUGUGACAUUUUUCAAACAUCUUACACUAUUUAUUUUUUAAGAAAACUUAUCAUUUAGAAAUUUUCUGAUUAGUUUUCUUCAAUUAAAAAAAAGUUAAGUGUUAUUCACUCGUUCAAUACAUUUUUUUACUAGCUGAUUUUUAACUGUAUUGUCUAAGUAAAAUUAAAUGCCGGUGGAUAAAACCCUUCUUAAACUUUGUUAAAAUAUGUAAAUACACAUAUUAUUUUAACAUA